CAAUUACGUACGCUACAGCAUUCGUGGGAACUACAUAUCCCGGCAUGCCCCUCUUCACCGACCACAUCCCGGGAGAGAGGGGGUCGGCAUCGAACCUGUGUUUACUUCCGGAUUUCCUGUAUAUGGCAGAGCUUGAAAACAGCCUCUCCAGUUGCCCUACAACCUUAGCGAGAGCUCCAUGCCCCGAUAACGCUCUGCUGGAAGCCGAUCCAAGAGCCUCGCCGCUGAAGCAUGAUGGUUUGGUGACCGGAGAGCCGCCAUACUCCCGGGCAGCAGCUGAGAGAUUACCGCAGCUUUAGACGACCAUUCAAGACAGAAAGUAUCCUUCUGCCACCCUUCGCCAAACGUCAAAGUCAAUGCGGUCCUCGAUCAGAGAGCUGGAGCUGAUCCACCGGCCCCGCCGUCACCUCUCAUUUGCUCGUUAUUAAAACACUUGCAUUUGCAGAAGACAAGUGUCGGCGAUUAAACACACCUCCCAGCCCAAGUACAGAGCCCGGAUCCAGACUCUUAGCUUUGGUUACACGGAUACAUUGAGGGGGGACGGCGACUCUUGUUGGAUUUACCGUUUUCAUUCGUUAUGGAGUGGUUAAUAGGGGUGGGUAUUGCCGUCCAUCAUGCUGCAUGAGCGUUGUCUCUUCAUCUUUCAGUCAAGGGCUUGGUAAUCUACAUGGUUUUGGCCUCCUCCAGACCUUCUUAUCGGCUACACCAGGCAAGAGAGGAACUUAUCCAAAGACCACAGCUGUAAACUUAAGAUCCUUUUACCACCGGGCUGUGUAGUUCUUGGAGAACGUAUUGCUGGCUUGACAGACUGUGUCGAUGUUUGCAACCGUGUUUAUUUUUGACGACUUCUUAAGGAAAGUGGGGUGAGGAAACGUUUGUUGAGUUCGUAAGGAAGGUUCUGAGCGGUGCUCAAAUGGCGGAGACGGAGGAAGAUGCCCGUAAUCUCCUCUGGAACAUCUUUCACAGGAAGGGCAAAGGGAAGCCCAAUGGAAAGAAGCCGACCCCCGAAGAGAAAAAGCAUUACUUGGAUGCCGAGUACACCAAAGUAAGAGUCGUCGAUUUUGACCUCAAGGAGCUGGUGGUGCUACCGCGGGAGAUCGACCUGAACGAAUGGCUCGCCAGCAACACCACGACUUUCUUCAAUCUCAUCAACCUGCAGUACAGCACAAUCUCAGAGUUCUGCACGGGGGAUACGUGUCCUGCCAUGACAGCCUACAGCACGACAUACUACUGGAUUGAUGAAAAAGGGAAAAAGACAAAAUGCACAGCACCGCAGUAUGUGGAUUUUGUCAUGAGUUCAGUUCAGAAGCUUGUGACAGAUGAGGACAUCUUUCCCACGAAAUACGGUAAAGAAUUUCCUAACACGUUCGACACACUGGUGAAAAAAAUUUGCAAGUAUCUCUUCCACGUGCUGGCCCAUAUCUACUGGUCCCACUACAAGGAAACGGUGGCGAUGGACCUGCACGGACAUCUGAACACACUGUACACACAUUUCAUCGUUUUUAUAAGGGAAUUCAAUCUGAUGGACCCCAAGGAGACAUCCAUAAUGGACGACCUGACAGAGGCCCUCUGCACCCCGCUUCCCCCUCAGCCACAGAACCACGUGACGGAGAGAUGAGACCCACGGUCGCGCUCUCUGCACCUGCCAAGACGGGGUUCACCCUUCCCCUUACCAGGGAGGUGAGAAGGACUACACCAGUCGCAAUGCUGCUGGGACUCAUAGACCUUCCACCCUUCCAGAACAAUGUUCUCUUUAGGACCCAGUAAGGAGUGGUCAGCCAGGCCUGCAGGGGGCAGCAGCACUUGCUGAAUAACCUCAGUGUGUCUGCCCUAUCUGUGAGCCUAACCCUUUAACCAAGAACAACUCGAUUAUUUUUUUCCUCUCUAGCCUCUUUUUGUUUCGUUAAGUUCGGUUUCCCUCCCGCUCACAAAAUUGUUUCGUAUUGCGACAGAAGGCCGUUUUAUGUUUCGCACCUUUAGGACAAAAAGUAGCCCUUUACCUUCAUGCGUGUUUGAUGUUAGUAUAACACAAGGAUGCUAGAUCUAUCUUAACAUAGCAGCACUUUUCCCCUCUUGGUUCUUGUAAGGGUGAGAUGUUGGCCUGGUUCUUCAGAGCCUCAUGUAUGGUAUAAAGGUUUCUCUUUUUUUUAUUUUAUAGGGUAAAAGGGGUGUGUGUGUCUGUGUGUGCGUGUUAACGGCUUUUGCACUCAGGAACUGAGAGAGCUGUCAAUGCUACCUGCUUACCCAUAAGCCUCUCAGUGUCACUUUACUCAUCUUAAAGCAAUCCCAUCAGCC